AGACAAAAGGCCAAGAAGCCUGACAAGGGCCAAGUCUCCAGGCAGAGAGGGAGUCAUUUCAUUGGCGCUUGAAUCAGCAAAGAAGUCAAGAUGGCCAAAGUUCCUGACCUCUUUGAAGACCUGAAGAACUGUUACAGUGAAAAUGAAGAAUACAAUUCUGAAGUUGACCAUCUCACUCUGAAUCAGAAAUCCUUCUAUGAUGCAAGCUAUGACCCACUUCAUGAGGACUGUACAGAUAAAUUUAUGUCUCCGAGUACUUCUGAAACCUCCAAGACAUCCCAGCUUACCCUCAAGGAGAGUGUAGUGAUGGUGGUAGCCAAUGGGAAGAUUCUGAAGAAGAGGCGGUUGAGUUUAAAUCAAUUCCUCACUGCUGAUGACCUGGAAGCCAUUGCAAACGAAGUAGAAGAAGAAAUCAUGAAGCCCAGAUCAGUAGCACCCAACUUCUAUAGCAGUGAAAAAUACAACUAUCAGAAGAUCAUCAAAUCCCAAUUCAUCCUGAAUGACAACCUCAGUCAAAGUGUAAUUCGAAAAGCAGGGGGAAAAUACCUCGCAGCCGCUGCAUUACAGAAUCUGGAUGAUGCAGUGAAAUUUGACAUGGGGGCUUAUACAUCAAAAGAAGAUUCUAAACUUCCUGUGACUCUCAGAAUCUCAAAAACUCGACUGUUUGUGAGUGCUCAAAAUGAAGAUGAGCCUGUAUUGCUAAAGGAGAUGCCUGAGACACCCAAAACCAUCAGAGAUGAGACCAACCUUCUCUUCUUCUGGGAACGUCAUGGCAGUAAGAACUACUUCAAAUCAGUUGCCCAUCCAAAGUUGUUCAUUGCCACACGGGAAGAAAAACUGGUGCACAUGGCAAGAGGGCUACCCUCUGUCACUGACUUUCAGAUACUGGAAACCCAGUCUUGACUCUGGAGUCUACUUACUUGUGAAGUGUUUAUAGUCCAUAUGUACUAUGUACAUGGAGGAGUCAAAUCUUUUACUCUUAGUCACUUGAUGAGCAUGUGCUGAGCCUUUGUAAUUCUAAAUGAAUGUUUACUCUCUUUGUAAGAGAGUGAGCAAGCUCUAAUGGAACCAACAUCAACAUAUAAUGUUGUUUGUUAUUUAAAGAAUACCCUAUACUUGAAAUACAAAUCAAAACCACCAUGAGAUACCACCUAACACCUGUCAGAAUGGCUAACAUGAACAACUCAGGCAACAACAGAUGUUGGCGAGGAUGCGGGGAAACAGGAUCUCUUUUGCAUUGUUGGUGGGAAUGCAAUCUGCUGCAGCCACUCUGGAAACAGUAUGGAGGGUCCUCAAAAAACUAAAAAUAGAACUACCCUACGACCCAGCAACUGCACUACUAGGCAUUUAUCCAAGGGAUACAGGUGUGCUGUUUCAAAGGGACACAUGCAUCCCCAUGUUUAUAGCAGCACUAUCGACAAUAGCCAACGUAUGGAAAGAGCCCAAAUGUCCAUCGAUGGAUGAAUGGAUAAAGAAAAUGUGGUGUAUAUAUAUACAAUGGAGUAUUAUUUGGCAAUCAAAAAAAAUGAAACCUUGCCAUUUGCAACUACGUGGAUGGAACUGGAGGGUAUUAUGCUAAGUGAAAUUAGUCAGUCAGAGAAGGACAAACAUUUUUGCCUUCACUCAUAUGAGGACUUUAAGAGACAAAACAGAUGAACAUAAGGGAAGGGAAACAAAAAGAAUAUAAAAACAGGGAGGGGGACAAAACAGAAGAGACUCAUAAAUAUGGAGAACAAACAGAGGGUUACUGGAGGGGUUGUGGGAAGGGGGAUGGGCUAAAUGGGUAAGGGGCACUAAGGAAUCUACUCCUGAAAUCAUUGUUGCACUAUAUGCUAACUAAUUUGGAUGUAAAUUAAAAAAAAAAAAAAAAAAAAAGAACACC